AAUUUGACAUAAGUUUUGCAUUUUGCCUCAAGAUUAUUCGUAUUUUAAUUAAACAAAAACAAUGGAUUUAAUUGAUAGUGAUAUUCGCCAAUGGGACGCGAACGACGUAAAGGAACAAUUCGGCGACAGCCUAAUGCUCCUGCCUUCAAAUGAUAACAUUAAAGAACUGCAAACUAUUCUGCGGGAUAACACAAUUUACAGAAACACUUCCCGGAGCGACUUCAAGUUCUAUGCUGACCGUUUGAUCAGACUUGUCAUAGAAGAGAGUCUGAACAAGUUGCCAUUCACCGACUGUGAGGUAGUGACGCCCACAGGAGCCCUGUACAAAGGCUUGAAGUAUGGCUCCGGCAACUGUGGAGUUUCUAUCGUAAGGUCGGGAGAAGCUAUGGAGCAGGGUCUCCGAGACUGCUGUCGCUCCAUACGCAUCGGCAAGAUCCUGGUGGAGAGCGACAACGACACGCACGAAGCGCACGUGGUUUACGCCAAGUUCCCGGAAGACAUCUCGCGGCGCCAGGUGCUGCUCAUGUACCCCAUCAUGUCCACUGGCAACACCGUUAAACAGGCAGUGAACGUGCUCUCCCAGCACGGCGUGAAGGAGGAGCACAUAAUCCUGUCGAACCUGUUCUGCACGCCGGCCGCGGCGCAGGCGGUGGUGGACUACGUGCCGCGGAUGAAGAUCCUCACGUCCGAGCUGCAUCCCGUCGCGCCCAACCACUUCGGACAGAAGUACUUCGGGACCGACUGAUACGAGGAUGACUUUUGAGUUGUGAAUACCUAAUUAAAUUUAUAAAUAGAAUGUGCCAAACUUCGAGUAUGAAUGUGGCUGUGUAGUUUACUUAUCCUAUUGAGGCUCAGACGAAUUAUAUAGGGACCUGCCUCGCUAGACGUCACCCCUCAUUCAAAGAUCAAGAAUCAAUGAUCUAAUUCUUUAGAAUCGAUGUUACAUUGUUGUAAUCGUUUUCGUUGUGCAAUGAUCUCUCUUAAAAUGCCGCUUUGUGUAGUUAACUGGCAUAAAAUAUGGUCUACAAAUUCUAGUUUUCUAAAAGAUGAAGUUACGUCUCGUUUGUAAUAAAAACAAUAUCUAAAAAGAAUCGAUUCUUCAGCCAGAAAAGCAAAACAUCGAUCAAGUGAUUGAAAAUUUUGUGUGACGUGUGUUUGUUAAUCUGUGUGAAAUGACACGUGUGUGUAGUGUAAGGAGACUAAAUAUAUUUUAUAAGUGGGAGUAACAACUAUUUUCGAUGUGUGAGCUUACCUCGUCCCAGACAAUUUUGUUUGUAAAUUUGCGUGCGAUACUAGUCCUUAAGUAAUUAGUCUGAGCAUCGAGGUUAUGAUACCUGCGGUAUUCGGCGGGUUGCAACUUCAGACCGGUCUAGAAGUUUGGUGCAAUCUGUAUUUAUUUUGAUUAUUUUAAAUUUGGCAUAAGCACAUUC